GGCUGGCGCCCGCGGCGGGAUACGGGACAGGGCCGGCGCGUCGCUUCGGUGGGCCGAGGCCGCCCGCUGAGGGAGGGCCGGCAGACCAGUCCACGUCCGCCGGCCGGAGAGCGGCUGGGCCUCUGAAUCCGGCUCCUGCUCCUGAAAUGGCUGCCGAUUCUCCAGCGGGCGGGGUGGCCUUUGGGGUUUCCGCGAGAUCCUGUCGGGCGGCUGGCCCCGGUACGCCAGGGGUUGGAAAAACCACGCUAGGCAAAGAACUUGCAUCAAGAUCAGGACUGAAAUACAUUAAUGUGGGUGAUUUAGCUCGAGAAGGAGAGCUGUAUGAUGGCUAUGAUGAGGAGUAUGAUUGUCCCAUUUUAGAUGAAGAUAGAGUGGUUGAUGAGUUAGAAAACCAAAUGAGUGAAGGUGGAGUUAUUGUUGACUACCAUGGUUGUGAUUUCUUCCCUGAACGCUGGUUUCAUAUAGUUUUUGUGCUGAAAACAGAUAACAGUGUAUUGUACAAAAGACUUGAAACAAGGGGUUAUAAUGAGAAGAAGCUGAAAGACAAUAUUCAGUGUGAAAUUUUUCAAGUUCUUCAUGAAGAAGCAUUAGCAUCUUACAAGGAAGAAAUAGUGCAUCAGCUGCCCAGCAAUACCCCAGAAGAUCUGGAAGAUAAUAUCAAUCAGAUAUUGAAAUGGAUCGAGCAGUGGGUCAAAGAUCAUAGCUCUUGACUUCCAGGACUGGCCACUUUGCAGUCGCUCUUGAUGUCUCUGCCCACGUCGUAUGCAUUGUCCGAUUAUCAGUAAAGCUUUCCUAUUAAGCAGCACUGCAGGUCUGUUAGGUGGACGGUAUAAAGGUUUCUAACAAUCUCAAGUAUAAUGAAUAUAAUGUUGCUAAGGAUUGAGAGUAAAAGCUCAUCGUUUAAUGCUUCAAUUGCUAAAAAAUAAAUAAAUCUGACCAAAUGGGUGGAUAUCUUUUAAGUUUAUUACAGAAGAAUAUGAAGAUGAUCUCUUAAAAUAAAGCUUGACUAAAGAUAAA